UCAUUUUUCUAUUUAAAUAUACACAUACGGGGACCAUAAAGAGAAGAUCAAGAAGCAAUAAUGAAAAAACAAAUCUUUUGUCAGUUUCUAGUCGUAUGCAUGCUGUUGUGGUCAUCUCAAAUUCAGGGAAACAGAUGUGAUGCUUCAGGGAUCGAAGCUCUAAUGGCUUGUGGAGAUUCUAUCGACAAGGAGCUGCCAUCGCCUCCGAAACCAUUAGAUGGUUGUUGCACUGCUGUCCGAAUCAUUGGGAUGAAAUGCGUUUGCGAAGUCAUCAAUAAAAUAAUCGAAUCCGCCAUUGAUAUGCAAAAGCUCGUUAAUGUCGCUUCUGCUUGUGGCCGUCCACUUGCUCCUCAUUCACAGUGCGGAAGUUACCUAGUUCCCGGUGUUGCAUGAUGAAUGAAACUUGCAUAAGCUAAUGGAUUUCUUUAAAUACUUAAAAAUUGUUAUAAAGGAUGCUAAAUAGUUAUAUGGAAAUACACUAGUAAUUUGAAGACCAUUCCCUAUUUUCUAUCUUA